UGUAGAUGACUGUGUGACAGCUGCACGACUGCGGGAGGAAGCUGGAGCUGCAGCGAACACACCAAACUUCUUCUGGGGGGGAAAUUAUGAGAAACGUGGAGCUGUGAUUUUUUUUUUUUUUUUACUUUUUAAUUCCUCAUCUAUUUGACAGCAGACAAGGGGCGGAGAUGGAGAACAAGGCCAUGUACCUGAGCACAUACGAGGAGAGAGACAGCGGCUCCAUAUACGAAGAGGCCUACGAUGGACACAACCUGUCAAAACUCAACCUGUGUGACGAAGGAUCUGGAAAGCGUCGCAGGAAGCAGGACCAGUGCUGCGGUCACCUCAACUCGCUCUCAGCCAUCAAAUACGCCAUUGUUUCCCUCUACAUCCUGGUUCUUCUCACCAUCUUUGGACUCUGCCUGACAGUCUCCCGCUCCCAGGUGUCCUCUCAGCGACAGGAGGUGCUGAUGGAGAACGUCACCCGGAUGUCCGAGCGCUCUCGGCUGCUGCAGCAGAACCUGGGCGAGGCGUCCACGCAGGCCGACCUGCUGGAGAACAUCUGGAAACUGGAGAACCUCUUCCAGAACCACAGCGACUGGCUGCAGAGGCUGGAGAUCCUCAUCAAGGGCGUGGAGGUGGAGCUCAGGAGCAUCCAGGCCUACUCUCUCCAGUCCGAGGGCUACCUGGUGCAGCUGGACGACCGGCUGUCCUCCCUGAGCAGCUCCGCCACCAGGAACCUGACGGGCUUGAUCGCGGAGGUGACCAGAGCGUCCACCUGGCUCCGCGACCAGGACCGCAUGCUCCGGGAAACCUCGGGGAAGGUGAGCGGGCUGAGAGAGAAACUGGACGACGUCAACUGGACGGUGGGAGCUGUCAAUCACACCUUCAGCAAUGACAUCAGCAUCCACAACCUGAAGAUACAGGACUUACAGAUCCAGAUCAGCAACAUCACAGAGGACACCAGCAGCUUGUGGGUGACCCACAUCCACACGGAGGCCCAGCUGAGGAACGAGAUGGAGAUCCUGAACACCAUCACUGAGGACCUCCGUCUGAAGGACUGGGAGCACUCCCUCAGCCUGAAGAACCUCACCAUCCUUGAAGGGCCUCCGGGACCUAAGGGAGAUAGGGGAGACACUGGACCAUUCGGGGCCCCUGGGGCUCCUGGCUUAACUGGCCUGAGAGGGUUCACGGGAGAAAAAGGCCUCCAGGGCCCGCGUGGCGUUAAAGGGUCGGUCGGGGUCGAAGGUGUUCAGGGAGAAAAAGGAGACGUUGGACCUGCUGGGCCUAGAGGUGACAGAGGAGAACGGGGGCCAAGGGGGGAGAAAGGGGAUCGGGGCGACCAAGGAGAUAAAACAGUGGAGGAGACCCUGGUGCGGCUGGUAAACGGGUCGGGUCCUCACGAAGGCCGCGUGGAGGUUUUCCACGAGCGCCGCUGGGGGACGGUGUGCGACGACGUCUGGGACCAGAAGGACGGGGACGUGGUGUGCAGGAUGCUGGGAUACCGAGGAGCGGCCGAGGUCCACAAGACCGGACGCUUCGGACUCGGAACUGGUCUGAUCUGGAUGGAUGACGUGGCGUGUACUGGGACGGAGGACACCAUCCACCAGUGCAACUUUCCCGGCUGGGGCAAAACCAACUGCGGCCACGUUGAGGACGCUGGCGUCACCUGCACCGUCUAAACCGCCAUUGAUCCUUCUUCUUCUGCUGCAGCGGCGGCUCAACGUCUCCUCAAACUGUGCCUUCCUUUUUAAACCUGCUUCACGGUGAACUACGUCCCGCUGGUGAAGCCACACGACUGAAUCAAAGACUAAAUUCUGGUUUUAUCGACUGCGUAGUGAGAGAUUUGACUGAGUCUUCAUCAGACCGGAUCCCCGGAGCUCACCUGUGAAGGGUCAAAGGUCAGCUUUUUGGGAAGUUGCCCUCAGAGGCUGAUCUGAGAUCGGCUGGUUGCUUUGUUUUCCCUCCAGUGUGGAGAAAAAAAAACUGAUUUGACGAAUCACAUAUUCAGAAAUCGUCCCGUGGUCUCCGAGCUGCUCACUAGCUGAACCGGCUCAUAAGGAAACCGAUGAGACUGUGAUGGACGACCGCCGGUGAUCUGAUGUUUCAUCUCCAGGCAGCUGCUCUUCUCCGGCUCUUGUGCUUCAUCAUAUUCCGAUUUUUCAGCCCUGAUAUCCGAGUUUAAAAAAACGCAGCUCAACAUUCUCCUGUCGCAUAAUCUCUUUUCAUGUUUGAACCGUAACAUCUGUGAGUCCUUUCACCUGCUCAUCACCAAACCACUGCUUCACUCCGUGCUGUUAUAUCUGUAAAGAAAGAACGAGUCUGCAGCUAACAGGGUUUUGAAAUUGGACGAGAGUCACUGCCAUGGACAGAUGAAGUGAUUAUGAAGAAAUGAGAACAGAUGAGUAUAAACAGAUGAAUGCUGGGACGCCUGCCCUGCACAAUUUAUAACAGUGGGUCUGUCGGUGUUUACUGCCAAACUGUUGGGUUGUUUCAGUAUUAGUGCGCACACACACACACACACACAAACACACACACACACACACACACUAAACCAACCAUAACAUAACAAGUGUUUUCUUCUAAUUUGUACUCCUCUCUCAGUGGGUUUUAAACUUUAUAGCUCCUCUCACAUCCAGCAGAGUUGGUACCUCCCAAGUGUCCUGGCUCACGUCUCCGUCUGAGCUUACAGAACCCCCCCCCCCACCCCCAACCGACCACACGCUGGAGCAGAACAUGUGCAGGAACCUGUCUCUUCACGCAGCCAUGAUUUAUGAACGAAGCGGGGGGAAUAUUUUUUAAUGCACCGUGAACUUUUCUAACCCUCCACAGGCUUGUAGUUAAAUUCCCUUCACUCUUAUAAUCUGUGGAGUCCUCGAUCAACAUGUCUCCGCCCCACUGACUUAUGAAUACCGAUAUAAAUUUGACCCGUGGACAGAAAUGACUUUUUCUACCUCAUGUAAAAAGGGCCUUGUUGGUGUUUGACGUGGUUUCUGUUUUUAUACCACGACUCUGCCAGAGAAACCAGA